AUGAUACGAUUAAUUCUAUUCGGUACUGUCUUUAUCAUAUUAAUAAAUCAAGGGCAACCUAAUGCAGCUCGUCAACUUCAUGGUCAAUCUUCCGGUCGUAUACGAUCGUCAACUCGGAAUGUCAAUCCAUUAGAAUCACGAGUUAAUUCAGCAAAAGAAUAUUCUCAAGAACUGUAUAAAUUAUCACGUUAUCGUGAAAAAUCUCCAACAUUUAUUCAAUCUCGUCGUUUUCAUUUUGAUCAAUUAGCACGUGAUAUUCGUGAUCUUGAUCAUCUAUUAUUAUUUACAGCUCCAAUGUCUUCUUCAUAUUAUUAUUCUUAUGGUGGUCCAAGUACACAUUUAGCUAUCUCAAGUCAAGAAGCUUGUCGUUUAACAAAUACUUUUUGUUCAGCUGAUUAUCAAUGUUGUUCAGGAAAAUGUCGAUAUAUUAAAUGGUCUAUUGUCGGAAAAAUGUCAUGUUGGAAAAAAUGUUUUUAA